GCCUCUACUCCAUCCUCCCCCUUUAUCUCCUCGGCCUCUGCUGACGUUAUCCUCUUCUCAAAACCAUUUUCCAUCCUGCAAAGCAUUUUCCUUGGUCACUUUGGCGCUGGGCAGCGUCUUCUAAUCGACUUUUGGUUUUCUUUGUCCUGACUUUGCAGGAUCUUUGCAGACUUUCCUGUAGUUGUCUGGUUCCCACUUCAUUCUCCCCAGAUCCCAGCAGCAGCUGUUGGUAUUGGUUUCUUAACCCCUUCAUGGCCUGAUUAGAUCUUCCUUCCAUACUGCUGAGCAUCAACAGACAGUGGUGACCAGGACAUUGAAUUUCUGAAUUUUAAGGGGAGGUCUGUAAAUUCCAGGAGACUCCCACAGCUGAGACCCCACUCUCUCCACAACCCCCUCCCUGACACAGGAACUCAGAGACUGAGAUAAAGUUUUCUUCUAUUCAUGAUGAGAAAUUCAAACUGCAAGAAAGCAAAGAAGGAGAGACGGAAGAGUGUAACCGAGGGGAGGGGGGAAGGAAGCCAGAACUGAGAGAGACUGCUGAGGAGUGGGCUUGAGGAAGGGAGGAGAGUCCUCAGAUGAGAAGACUCAGACCCUUUGAAUAGUUGUGUGAGAGUCAGAGGUCACGUCACUCUUGACCCCUGUGACUUCAGGCUUUGUCUUGAAGUAUAUGGGAUGUCCUCACAGGAGACAUCUUAUGAGAUGAUUGAACUGAAAACAUUAAGUCCAUGUGAUAAACUAGAUGGGCUGGAUCUCACUAAGAACCCUAAAGGUGGUCACCGGCUGGAACGGACAAACGCAGUGAGGAUCCCCCCGGGCAGAGCUCCCCUCAUUCUGCAUCGGAGCCUUCGAAGGAGGGUCAUAUCAGGACAGGAUGACACUGUGCCACCAGGCAAAAUAGGCAAAGGACAUUACUUCCAGCCCACAUCCCACACACAGUACACCUGGUGCGACCUCUGUGGGGACUUCAUCUGGGGCAUCUACCGAAAGAGUCUGCGAUGUGCCUACUGCAGCUUCACGUGUCACUACCGAUGCCGAGCCCUCAUUCGAUUAGACUGCAGCAAAGGAGAAGAUGCAGACAGUGACAGCGACUUAUCACAAGAUACCGCUUGGGAGAAAGACACUAAUGUGGAUGAAAAACCAGAGAAGCAACCACCAGCCCUGAGCCAGAAGGAGACAGAGCAGAUGAUCAAGGAUUAUAACUCAAAGAUCAAGAGUAACCUCUUUAUGAGCAUGAAUAAAGAUGGCUCGUACACUGGCUUCAUUAAGGUUCAGCUGAAGCUAAUCCGCCCAGUUUCCGUGCCAGUAGCUAAGAAGCCAUCCUGUAACCAUGAGCGAAGAGGAGCUGCACGAUCCCAGCAAGUGAAGCGCAGAACCUCCUUCUACCUCCCCAAGGAUGCCUCCAAGCACCUGCACCUCAGCUCCCGCACCCCAGCCAGCGAAGUCAUCCAGGCUCUCCUGCGCAAAUUCACUGUUCUUGAUAAUCCCAGGAAAUUUGCAUUGUUCCAGAGGACAGAGAAGGAUAGUCAAGUUUGCAUGAGAAAAAUCUCAGAUGAUGAAGAACCUUUAAAGCUGCGCUUGUUGUCCGGGCCGUGUGAGAAGACUCUGAGCUUCAUCCUGAAAGAGAACGAAACUGGGGAAGUUAAUUGGGACGCAUUCAGCAUGCCUGAGCUGAAGAACUUCCUGCGCAUUCUCCAGCGGGAGGAAGAAGAGCAUAUGCGGCAGAUCUUGCAACGCUAUGCUCGCUGCCGGCAGCAGAUGCAGGAGGCUCUGGCAUCACGUACCCCUGGCUGAAAUGCAGUCUGUACCUCCAAAGGAAUUGAGCGCAUGAAGACUGCACGACUGAUCCAUAGGACGCGUGUGACUGGAGACUGAAUGUGGGAGAGCUACGGCCCGGGGGCGGCAGAAAUCCACUCCCCCCACAGAAUACAUGUGAGUGAGCGGAAGAGAGAAUGUGUCUGUAUGGGACACGAGUUGCUGCAUCUGUCUGGGUGACAAUGCACCAUGUGGUGGACAAUGACACUAAAGGGACGUAAGCAUCCCAGUGUACCCUGACUUGUGGUUCUGGUGGGUACAAACUUCAUAAGGCAAUGCUGUGGCCAUAUUAGCAGCUGGAGCACAGGAUGUCACUGAGCCAAUGAGCUACCUCACUGUGAGGGUCAAUGUCAGGUGGCCUGACUCCCUGCGUUUGCUGUCUGUUUCCUGUCGAUUUUAUAUGUUUAUAUGUGUUACUUUGCACUAAUAAAGCCUUGUGCUAUUUUGGC